UUAAAUAGAGGGGGCUUAAGUGGGCUAAGCUCGUUUUGGCAGCUGACAAAAAAAUUGGCAAAAACAAAUUCAGGAAAAAAGUUAAUAAAUCCCCAAACAAAUGGAGAUAGCGGAUACGUACUACAGCAAAGAUGAAUACGUGGAGACGGCCUCUGGCAACAAAGUUAGCCGCCACACAGUGCUCUGCGGGUCCCAGAAUAUCGUGCUCAAUGGUAAAGUGAUUGUCCAGAGUGGAGCUAUCAUCCGCGGCGACUUGGCCAAUGUACGAGCAGGACGAUAUUGUGUGAUCAGCAAGGAUUCCGUGAUACGACCACCGUACAAGCAGUUUAGCAAAGGCAUCGCCUUCUUCCCAAUGCACAUCGGAGAUCAUGUGUUUGUGGGCGAGGGUGCUGUAGUUUCUGCGGCUUCAGUGGGCUCUUGCGUUUAUAUAGGCAAGAAUGCCAUCAUUGGUCGUCGCUGUGUAAUCAAAGACUGUUGCAUCAUUGAGGAUGGCGCUGUGCUGCCGCCGGAGACGACUGUUUCCAGCUACAUGAGGUACACGGCCAAGGGCACCAUCGAGGGCGGUCAGGGUAACCCGUAUUUUGUGCCCGCCGCUAUGCAAGACGAGAUGAUCAAAUAUACAAAAUCAUUCUAUGAACAUUUCGUGAGGACCCCGGCUCCAGCCAGCUGAAGAGGGGAAGUGAUGAGUGGCGGUUCGAUUUGAAUAAAUGUAUAUUAAGUAUUAUAUUUAUUAUGCACAUA